AUGUCACUAAAAUUAAUAUGGGUUCGAGAUAAUACUGCUGACAUAUUAAGCCUCGAUCGAACAAUCACAAUCCCAAAUAGUCGUCUUAGUAUUAUAUCAUCAUUAUAUGGAAACAUGGGUAAUGAUCGCAUAUUAAGAAUAACAAAUGUUGAAGAAACUGAUAGUGGAUUAUAUCGAUGUGUUCAAGGAGAAGUGACAAUAACAGAAGUUUCGCUCGAUGUUCUUGUUCCACCAAAAAUCAUAUCUCAUUAUCCACACCACAUUCGCUUUACAGUAAAAGAGGGUGGGAAUGCGAAAUUUUCGUGUAGUGCCAGUGGUAAACCAAUACCAAAAAUUAUUUGGCAAGUCAAUGGUUUAUUGAGAUCAUCAAAUAUAAUUAAAAAUGAAAGUAGUACAUUUAUACUUCAUAAUGUAUCAAGAACAGAUAGCGGACGAGUCGAAUGUAUUGCUGAUAAUGAACUAAGUAAAGUUAGUCGACAAUUUCUUCUUAAUGUUAAAUAUAAGCCAACGGUGACUGUUCCAUCAAUGUUACCGUUGCAUUUUCGUUUAUAUGAUACAGCUACUCUUGUCUGUAUUGUUUGCUCAAAUCCACUACCAUUGAAAAUUAACAUAUACAAACAGAUGGGCUAUUUUAAUUUUAAAGAAAAAUUUGAAAUAAAAUUGAAUGAUACAUGCACCCAAUUAACGAUCACGAUAUCCAUAAAAGAUCCAACAUUAUUCGGUCUCUAUGUUUGCAAAUCUAAAAACAAUCUGGGGAGUGCUCAAACGGAACUAUUUGUUAAAGCUCAAGAUGAAGAUGGUUUGAUAUUCAAGUCCAAUGCAGCUGCCCAUAAUUGUCAUACGCAUCAUACAAUACAUUCUAGCAGUUAUAUUUUUUCAAUAUUAAUAUUUGCUUAUUAUUUGUUACGAUUACAUUCAAAAUUGUUUAAUGAUCUUGACAUAUAG